AUGGCUUUCCAACAAUCGACACGGCAGCCCGUCCAGCGGUUGGACCGUACCGAACCGGGGCAUGUUGAGCCUGCAGCUGUCGAUCCACAGGACCGCCCAACACCCAACGAGUUUCAGAAAUGGGUUGUCUUUACUCCGGGAACUGACGCCGGAACUACAUCCUCUUACCUAAAUACAACUCAAGACGACCAAGUAACGCCGGGCAGGUCAAGGAUCAGUGACCUCGGCAGCCUAGAUACAGUUGCGCGCUCCGAGUUCGAUCUACAAGCCGCUUCAGAGGUUAUAUCUGGGAGCGUUGCCGAGGAGGACGCGGAGCUCGACAGUCUCGACAGCCAUCUACCAGAGUUCCGAAUUGUUCCAAGCCCCUACAACCAACCCGAGGUGGCACAUGCCGCACCGGUGCUCCCAGGGCAUGACGGCCUGGGCUCUUUCCGAUUCGAGACCCCAGGCAUGAGCGCCGAGGCUCAAGACCGAAUGUACGCCUUCGAGAGAUUCAACCCCAACCGUGUGGGGCACCGAUCCGAGGGUUUCAACCUGGCUCAGCUGGAGACCCAGACGGAAGAGGCACAAGACUGGGAGCGAAACCACCGGAUAGAGGCCUGGCGGCUAGAACAGAGCCAGCUGCUUCUCGAAGACAUCCGAAACGAGACGAGGAAGAGGCAACAGUCUGAGGAAUCGCUUCGCGAUAUCCCGCACACAAAAAGCAUGAAACCAGAGGUGGCCGAAAGGAGUGUCGCAGACGACGAGGCGGCAGAUAUCAACCUGAGCGGAGCGGAUUGGCAUGACCAGGAUGAGCCAACUCGGAGCGGGGCAAAACCCGGCUCAUGGAGCCAAAUGGCGCGGAAGUUCAUCCGUGACAUGAUGGGGGUCGAUGACGAGCUGCUCGCGGUGCUCUUUGGGGAUGCUGUUCCGGACGAGGAGAUGCUCUCGUCGCCACCCCAGGCAUCCGCCACGGGAGCCUUCGCCCCCGCACCGGGCCGCACCGGGUCGGAGUCAUCGCAUGACUCUGAGUGGCAGCUGCGCAUGCUGGACCGGAUAUCUAGAGAGCUUGGCGCGCUUGUGCACCAAUUGUCGACUCACCCUGGUGCCUUCUCGACUUACACACGGGUGCAGCACAUGGCCCUGCCGUAUGCCGGCUUGCCUGUCAUUCCCGAAACGCCUGGCGAUGUGAGCGAUUCCGGGCGGAAGAUGGAAAGUAGCGUUCAGUCCAUGCCGCAGUUUAAGCCCACCGUAGGUCGGCCGGCCGACGUUUUGAGUGCGCGGCCCUCGGAGCCCCCCACACCCUCGGGCCCAUCUGCUUCCGACAUGAAUCCGAGUGACACUCAACACACUUUCACACAGCAAGAAUGGGAACAGGAUCUUGACGUCCGGCUGGUCUUCCGGUACCUGCGGUCCCGUUUCACCUCGUCCCGGCAAGCAUCGCCGUCCUUCUCGUCGGGUACCUCACAUCUCGCCACCUCUAGCGCGCAGGAUACGGCGGCAAAAGCGGCGCGAGUGCGUCAGCACCACCCCCUUGUGUCCCACGCGCACACGCACGCGCACGCACAUGGGUACCACCGAACCCGCCCGGUCGAGCGGCGCACUUUCAAGGCGACGGUGCCGCCCAGCCCCGUGGCAAUCCGACACCCACCCGGGAGCUGUGCGAGCCAGAGCACCCGGCGGUCUGCGCGGAGGAGCAGCAUCUCGUCGAGACCGUCGUCCCGCCACUACUGGGAUAUUGGCGGGUCCAUCAAAACGGGGAGCGCUAUCGCGAGCACCGGGCCGAUGGGAAGCUGGGGCGAGGUCUGA